CGGACAGCUGUCAAAUGUGCUGCAGCUGCCCGCCUUUUGCCGUGGUGUGCGGAUGACGGUGUAGCAAGCCGACGCCAUCAGCGCCAUUUGUGAAGAGACCGUGCCCGUGAACGGACGCUGUCGCUCCGCGGCCCGUGUAUGUGAAAGUGAUUUUAAUCUUCAGACUUGGUGUUAAAUUACACUAAAAUCAGUGUAAAACGUAAAGUUAAGCGUCAUUGAUUGAAGCGGGAAGCGGUAGCGUCGUCCAAGAUGGCGGACGAUGAGCAGUUCUCUCUAUGUUGGAACAAUUUCAAUUCCAACCUUUCUGCGGGAUUUCACGAAUCCCUUCAGCGUGGUGACUUGGUCGACGUGACGUUGGCCGCAGAAGGUCAUCUAGUUAAGGCGCAUCGUCUUAUUCUAUCAGUAUGUUCCCCGUAUUUCCGGAAAAUGUUCACGCAGGUCCCCGUGAACCAACAUGCGUUCAUUUUCCUGAAAGACGUAAGCCAUUCGGCGCUUCAAGAUCUCAUACAGUUCAUGUACUGUGGCGAGGUGAACGUGAAGCAAGAUGCCCUACCCGCCUUUAUCAGUACUGCCGAAGCAUUGCAAAUUAAAGGGCUAACAGAAACGGGCGACAGUGCACCGACACAUCAAUCGCCUGCCAAAGAAGAACCAGCAGCAGCAGCAGCAGUCCCUGUGACUACGGCAACAAUUUCCACCGCCACCAUCCCUGCGUCCCCUGCGUCACAGCGAGCAAAGGUUCAGCGUAACCGCAUUCAAUCGUACAAAUUAGAAUCGGAAGAGAGUGGAGACGACAAAGUAGUACACAUCCAAGCCACCACCUCUCACCAUGUAUCGGCACAGUCAAAUCUCAGCUCGCAGAAACGUACCAUGCCACAGCGCGGUCUCCAAAGCCACGCUAGCAAGCGAACGAAAAUGUCCAUCAGUGCCAGCAGCGACGGAUUGGAUACAUCGGACUCGACGCCGGCACAGGUGCAAACUGUGCAGACGGUGCAAAUAGUGAAGCAAAUUCCCGCGCAAGUGAUCGAACCGGAAUACAUUGAGCUCCCGAUCGAAUCGAUAAAUCCCAAGGCUGAACCGGACUACACUGAUGAGACGGCCGAGAUCGAAACGGUGGACGCUGAAACGGAACAGGAACAGAAGCUCUCGGAACACGACCAAGGUGAUGCCGACGAUGAUGGAAACUACGUGGAAGACGACACAUACGGUGACAUGGCCAUGGGCAAGUACGAAGAAUCCUACUUGACGGAGGGCGAGGAAGGAGCGAAACCUGGCGUAUCUGGAUUCGUGGACUCGUACACAUCGGACGGCGGAAAUGCGACGGAAAUUUCGACACAAGACGACAACUAUCUGUUCGGGCUUGACAUAAAGCGGCCAGUAGUGGUGAAUGGCGGCAAACAUUUGUUCCUCGGCAGCCGGAAAGGCGGCCUGCAGCUCGUGCACGACAAUUAUCUGUAUCGGUCGAACCUGCGGCGCCAGGGUCGCAACGGAGAUGUCCUGUACUGGGAAUGUAUCUACAACCGGGGUCAGAAGUGCCGCGGUCGGCUGAAAACAAUUGGAAACCAAAUUAUGAUCACGAAUGGACGAGGUAGGUUUGUUUUUGUGUGUGUAUCCUGUAUGUAUUUCGAAACAUGGUAUCUGCGCCAAUUUCCCUUAAUUUUUCAAAGCCUAACCACCCCUCUUCUUUACCUUACCAUUUCAUUCUUUUCUCUUUCAGUGGAGCACAACCACCCCAAUGACCAUAAGCGCAUUGUCAAUGCGACGCUUUGCGGAAGCGUAAUUGUGAAAGAUAUCUGCACUUUGUAAAGUUGUCUCUUGCAAAAGUGUGCUGUAAAGUUUGCUCUCUAGUGGAUGUUGUAAAAGAAGUAUUUCGAGAUGUAUUUAAUUUUAUUAAGCAGAACGAUGGAGUUCAAUUCGAUUUACAAAAUAAAUGUAAAAGAGAUAAGCUGUAGGAAAAGCGGGGUUUCAAUACUCAAUACUCAAUACUGUGUUUUUACACUUCCAAUGUCCUCUACAUGUAUAGUUGUAUGUGCUCAGCAAGUGGCAGCCAUGCAUUGUUGGAUCUAGUUAUUGUUUAUACGAUGGAUGUUGAGUGAAAAAAAAGAAUUAUGAGCACCAACCUAGAAUAAACCAAUAAAUGGCAGCAGCUUGGUGUCAGAGUAAUGACUGCUUUUAAAGACUGCUAAUAAAAAUGCCACUACAUCCGACAAAUCGCAACACACAUGCAUAACUAACCUCACCCCUUUACUUGUGAGUGGAUCAUAAGUUACAAUGCCUUACCAUCACCACCCAGCACAUUCAAACCUCCUCCCUGGUAGGCGAUACCCCUACUAACCAAGAAUAUGUAUUUUUAUUUUCUUCCAAUAAUUGUGGAAAAAAGCUACAUCACCUGUGUUGGAUGGCAUCAACACCAUCACCACCACCACAAACAUCACCACCAACUGUCCACCAUCGUCGAAUUGCCCGAUGGCACCCAGCUCGAUGGUGGACUCAACGGUUGAGCUAAAGUUCAUCAAAAGCCCCUGGUCCACACCGUGUCUGGUGCUGAACAACUUUCUUUACAACUGUCACAGCACACGUGGCGAUAUCGGCUACUGGCGGUGUCAUAACUAUUCGCGCAAGGUGAAAGAGGAACGGUGCCGCGCACGCUGCGUAGUCAAGGGCGGACGGCUUAGUGCCCUUACCGGCGCGCAGCACAACCAUCCACCGCACACGGAGAAAAUCGAACGAAUAGCGCGCCGCAACUAUGCCGACGAGCAGCAAGAGCUGGAAAUGAUGCGCAUACAGCAGCAACAGCAACAGGAACAACAACAUCCCAUUCAAACUAGUAGUGAUGAUAUUUUGCUCCUGAUGGCAACCAAUCCUCAAAAUGAUAAUAAUGGUGCUACCUCUGCCGGUGGACAGCAGCAGGUGCAGAUGCAACCCAUUAUGCGCACCAUUAGACAACAAACGCACUCGGCCACGCUCGAGGUAGCGAGUGCACCGAUGAUACCAUCCGUUACAACUGCCGUACUUUCGCCGGCGAUCACCGAUCUCAUAAAGAUGGAAGAUUAUGAUCUGCCGACGGUGGAGUUGUAGUUUCUGGUAUCGUCGGGUUGGGGCGACGAAAGGGCGUCGUCAAUGCCGUAGAGCAAUAGCUACUAACAAAAGAAAGCAGCAACAAGUGUAGGAGCAAUAAUGAUUGGAAUUUGUGCAACAAGCAAUCUUUAUACGGUGUGACUUACAAAUACACUGUUCACUGAGAAAACUUAAGUCAUGUCACCGUCAACGUGUGCAAUAUUAGUAUUUAUACCCAGCAUUUGAAACAAACGUAAAUGUGCAUCCCUAAACGGGCCAAAACGAAACAGUAUUUUUACCUCUGAGCCAAGUUUUCUUAUAUAGAAUAAAAGCAUAACCGCUCCAUCUCUAUUUAUUCGCGCAAGGUGGUGUGCCUCAUCCAAGGAAAAA